AUGCCGCUGCAACACAUCAGUGAUCGCGUGCUGCGGCGGAUGAACCGCCCAGGGAGGGCCCACACGGAGAAGCUUAUAGGUCGCCUGCAAGAUGGGAUUCCAGGGUUGGCACUAAGAACUUCAUUUAUCUGCGGGUUUCCUGGAGAGACCGAGGAGGAUCAUCGGGAACUCGUCAAUUUUGUUCGUAGUUCGCGGUUUAAUCAUGCCGGCUUCUUUCCAUACAGCAAAGAAGAAGGGACACCUGCAGCGACAUACGAUGAUCAAAUACCGGAGUCAGUUCGUCAGCAUAGAUGUGAUGAACUUUCGUCGAUUCAACAGCAAAUACAGGAGGAAAUUGCGGCAGAACGGGUUGGGACUAUCCUUGAUGUUAUUGUGGAUCGCGUUGAGGACGGCCACUCAAUUGGUCGUUGUCGCUUUGAUGCUCCUGAGAUUGAUGGCUGUGUGCACAUUUUGCAAAAGAUUGAACCGGGCACUCUUCUGAAGGUGCGCAUUUUGGGAAGCUCAUCAUUUGACUUGUAUGGUGAGCCACUAGUAUAGACAAUGAGUUACGGCUCUUCAUAAGUUAAAACGUUUACAAGCGA